AAAUACACCCACCGACCAGGACGUUCGCGACACGAUGUAUGUGAAAUGUCAUCGUCAUCAUCACCACGGGUGCCAUCCAUGGUGCCCACACCCAUCCAUCGGUCUUAGUACCACGUUCGCUGUCACGCGAUGCGCCACCCAUUGUCACGCCAGCCUCGAAGAAGAACGUUCCAAUCACGCAAGGGCAACGUGAAGACGGUGCCCGCUAUGUCCCAAAAGGCACCAAGACCCGGCACCAAGACCACAAUGACUCCAAAAAUCCCGAAAGAUGAUUUCGAAGACCUUCCGGAGAUCUUGGAACCAAACGUCGAGAAAGACUUCUACCGUUAUUCUCCUCCGCGUAAACGACCGCCUUCCCUCGUCCCGGGGUCGAAGCCUCCUUAUGGUGCGGCCACGCCUGGACUUUACCCGAGACCUCUGUUCCACCGGCCCCCGUUUCCACCUGGUUGGCGGUCGCCGUCUAGGAAGGAGCUUAUGGACUACCGAGGUAUCGAGGACGACGAACCGCCUGGGCUUGGGCGUCCUGGUCCAGCACGAACUCUGGCGCCGAAGGCUUCCGAUGAGGACGGUGGUGAAGCUAAGCCUUUUGAAGAACCAAUCAAUGAGCCAAUCAAAGAGCUUGCCGAAGACGAAGGUGAUCCAAAUGCUUUGCCCUUAGGUAUGUCACCUAUGGCGAUAAGUUGGGUUCUGGUACUGGAGUCUGUUGGGCUCUUUCUUUUCGCGGCCGUCAUAGCCUUCCUCACCUUUUACAUCUCCCACCUGCUCCGUGAAGAAAACGAAGAAGAGGAAACAGAACCAAGUCCAAACUAUGACUCCACCACCGAAAGUCGAACCUACCCUCAGUUUACCUACGACAGCAGCCCGCUUCCUGCUCCGCCUCUGUUUCCCUUCGACCGCAAUAACACCCUUUACAGUCUCAAGAACCAUACCGUGAUGUGCGUGUUCCAGUCCCGAAGCGAAGACCUCCACGUGUAUGGCAGUGACUACAAGAGCGUCACUUUCCCCUAUCCGUACUGUCACCUGGCUGUUUACUGUUGCUUGAAGAUGAGCGAGGAGUAUGGUCUGGUACCUCGGCAAGGAGAACAGUCAGCCUUCUACCCGUUUCCCAUCAUAACCGGAUGGAACCCCUACAUCGAAUCUGUUGGCGUCAUAGUCGGUGGAACGCCCGAGGAAGACCAGAGGUUUCGGACGCUCUUCACGGACAGUACGGCAGAGGCUGAGCGUGCGCGGAUGAAUUUCACUGAAAACGCAAGAAGAUGGUGCGAAACCAACACAUACCAUCGGGUGUACCUCUUCUGGUCAUCUCCUCUGGGUAACAUCACCGCACAAAUGACUGACAAGGUGACGCGGAUGUGGACCGAGCUGUCUCAGUACAACAUCAGCUUGGGCCUGGUAUCUGAGCAGAGAGAUAAUCACCUCGCCGCCUACGACGCGGGUCGACUAAGCCAGUUCUUGGACCCUUUCUCCUUCCUCCUCCUGCCGCCGUCGUUUACGGACCAGGAUUUUCGGCCAACUAUCCUCACUUACUACGAUGGAUCCACUAUCAACCAUAUCGCGGCCUUCCUCAACAACGCGACGUCAAGCAGGGUUGACUCCGCGUGUGUCCUCCUGCCUGCCUGCGCGCUCGAGUCGCAAUUGACCAAGACGCCAGGGAUCCGCAUUCAGCAAUCCCAACCCAGUCUGGGCCCUGGGCGGGGAGGUACGCUCACCAGGAAGGCCGGCCAUUUCUCCUUCUCCGAGACCUGCGAUGUCGUCACCGGAUGUCAGACGGCAGACUUCACCUACUUCCGGUGGUCCUUGUGCGGGGACACCUGGAUCAGUUACCCCACACCGGAUCUGCUUCACAACUUCAUCUGCGAGGUUCAGAGGCGAACCGGAAUUUCUUGCUUCGGUGUUUGGGACACGGACUGGGACGACUUUGCGAAUCAUUGUGGGCGAGGACGCUAUCCGAUCAUGACGGCGGUAUUCCAUUGGCCGUUACAGUCAUGUGACGAGUGCCAUAGUAAUGACUUUGCAUGUUGAUGAUUACUCCUUUACAUUGUCUAACUGGUAGAACGAUUUGUCGUGGUCAUUCAAUGUGUGAUGUAGAUAUUUUAUUCCAAUAGAUCGCAAUAUCGCAGAGUACUGCUUAUGUCUCCGCGUACCCGGAUUAAACACGUGUUAUAUUAACGA